GUUUCAGACAUGAAGACCGCCGUUGUACUCGCUGUGGUGUGCGUGGUUGCAAUGCUCCAGCUGUCCGCCAGGGGCGCUAGCGCAGACGUGCCGUUCAGGAACUUGGAAGAAAGAGCAGGGAGCCUGGCGAACUUCUUCCGCAGCGGGAACCAGCCGGCCCUGAGGUUCGGUCGGGCGGGCGGAGUUGUCGGGAACAUGCCGUCCUUCCGAUUCGGGCGCCGGUCGUACGAUGGAGUCAGCGACGACGACAACCUGGAAUGACAAUCAAAGUACGAACGUCCACGACAAGAUCAAGACAACACCGAAGACCUUUCUUAGCUAGCUAGCUAGCUGGCAUGACAGUGGGCCUGCAAUGAUCUAGCAUAGUACUUAAACUUGUAUGAAACAAAUAUUAAAUGCAUAUCUACGGGUAUUAACGAGGCCCUGUAUGCUUUCAAAGUAACCUAUAUUGCUAAAGCAGUCUACGACAAGCGGCUAAGAUAUAUGCUUCUUAUCAAAUAGCAAAUUAAUAUAUUUCAAUUAUAUCAAUUUUGAGAAACUGAAGAGAAGCGAAGAUUUGAAACGAAGGCGGUGGAGUAAAAGUUUGUGUUCGCAUGUCCACAUUCAAACAAACUCGGGUGCAUUUCAUCAUAUACAUCAUACAUACAUAGCUGUAUGUAGAUAUCAUUAGUAGUUGCCAUUUUAUUCACCACUGGAUAAAUAAGUGAUUUGGAGGUAGCAGUGACACCGU